AUGACAAUGAACAUUUCCCGGUUCGGGACGGCGACAAGGAGUAUCAUGGCUACACCGCGGAAACUGGCACCGCGCUCUGCUAUUCGCAAGGUACCACAUGAGGGAAAGGGAGGGAGCCGGGCCAAAGGCAAAGAUGGUGCCAAGACCCGCAAGGUUACCGCCGCCAAAGACUCACCCUGGAUCCCACUAUGGAUCAGUUCCGGGGCACAGGACGUGCAGGUUGCCGACCAGGAGGUGGAUCUCGAGAAAGGCGAAAUGACCCAGGCCGGCUUUGACUUUUUCGAUGCUCGUGACCGGCUGGAGCAUAUUCCAGAAUAA